AUGAAGUUCCGAAUCGACGUUGGCACUGUCAGAUAUGCCUCUGCAGGAAGCAACUUCUUGUUUUACAAUCUUUCUGUAGGUCACAAUGCAAAGAUGAUGGGACAAAAGAUCAUGCCGCAUGAGCUGAUUUUGGGCAUCUCUUUGUUCGCUGGUAUGUACUCACUGAACCUCAUCCCUUCUUCACUUUGUGGUUCCAUUGUUUCCAUCAUAAAGCUAUGCAUGUGGUACAGGUUUCAUCUCUUGUUGUGGUACAAGGAUGAUCCAAAAUCACAGCAGAAGUUCUUGUACUAUCUUGCUAGACUGAAAUCAAAAGAAGUAGUGCUGGAUUCUGGGACUGAUAUUGUUUGCAAGACAGUUUAUGAGUUCUGGUUUGAGGAACCUACUGGUUCACAAACUCAGUUCUUUGGAGAUGGUAGCUCUGUUCCAUUGGAGGUGGCUAAAAACACUGAACAGAUUGUUGAGAUGUUGAGGAGGAUGCCAAGUCAUCAACUUCUUGUGACGUUAGAGGAAAUGGCUAUGCAGGAAGGAGAGAGGCGGACGCUUCCAUAUGUGCUAGCUUUGCACGCAUUAAUUCUGUGUUGUGGAUCCAACACUCUGUGCACCAGCUUCUGA